GCGCAGCCUGUGACCGUGUGACCGUGUGGUUCUGCGCGUGUCACAUCUAUGCACAGCAUGAUCAGGCGCAGACAAACAAACUCUGAGCCAGCGCAGCGCCAGAUGCCAGAUUCAACCUCCGAGAUGUUGUCGCCACAUCCAAAAGGACCAACGAUUUCUUCGGGCAGCAUUGUUGUUUCAGAGACUGAUAGUGCUGCCAAAUCACCUAAACCAGACACGAGGAGGAGAAGAGAGACUCGACAGAGCCCAUUCAAAGUGCCAGACAGUAAUAGCAUUUUCCUGCUGAGUGUGAAUGAAAGAGGAGAACAAAAAGAGGAGAUGCGUAAAUUCCUGGCUUUGCCAAUCAAUGAGAAGACGACCCACGCUGCUCGAAUGAUGACCAGGCUGAGGAAGGAGCUGGGGGAACAAGGGGAGGAGGAGAUAAAGGAGAUGAAGAAUCUGAAACAAAUCAAGAGUAAGACAGUUCUCCCUAAACAGACACCCAUCAGACAGGAGCUGAAGAAGGCCAUGAUGAAGCGAGAAAACGUUACCAAAGACAGCAAACAUGACUUAAUCUCAAUGGAACGGCAGAAAGCAGUGUUGGAGUUAUCUCUGAUGACGAAGAGGUCCGAGAUUUUGAAGAUGGACGGGGCCAUUGCGAAAGAGGAGGAACAGCUUAGACGGCUCGAAAAGUUUAUUGAGCAAGACAACCUCAAGUUCGAGGAGUUCCUCAGGGAGAACGAGAAGAAGUCCGUGGAGGCGAGGACCUUUUUUGAAUGCGAGGCCAAGUCCAAACAGGAGAAGAAUGCUGAGAUCAAGAAACUGACUUCUGAAAUAGGGACCGUUACGAGCGAUCUCGCCAAGUUUGGAGAAAUCCUGAUAGACUACAAGAGAUACAAGGAGCUGCUGUUCGAAUUGUCUCCUCCAGAGUGGCAGGAGGCCCAGAAAAACAAGGCUUUGAAAGUCCCGUCUGAUGGAGACGCCAAGGACAAGCAGAACAUGGAGCCUGAGGAGUCAGCCAAUAAGAACGGUUUGGAGAGCAAGGUUUCCGAUCCAGGUGGAGAGCUGCCUUCCAUCAGAGAGACCAGGUUGUCCUCAGACGGUGGGAACACACUGAGCACAACCACUAAACUCGAUAGCGACAACUCAGAAUAUGAGGAUGAGCCGGAGCUGUUCUUCACCGAUCCCCAGCAGCUACUGGAUCUGGUAACAGACCUGACGGAGCAGAACCUCUCCCUGAUUCAGAACUCCACAAGGGUGGAAGUGACCGUGGAAGGGCUUCGACAGUCCAUGGAGACAACCAGGAAGAAGAUCGAAAAGGAUGAGGAGCAGCUAACACUGCAGAUAAACGACAUGAUCCGGAGGAUCGACACAGAGAAGGCCAGAGGCACUAAGCUCAAACAGAUGGUUGAGCUCCAUGUGUCAUUAAACACAGAAGACCAGGACGUCAUGUUGGACGCUCUGGGCGAGAAGGUGGCGGAGGUCCAUCGGCGCUGUGUGGAUGACAGGAUUACCAACCUGAGCACCUUGGAGAAGCUGGCCAAUAUUGAGAACCGCAUGGCGUUGCUGCUGCAGGGCCUCGAGAGCCUCCCAGAGGAGAGCUUGAAGAUGAUAAAGAAGAUCAAGGACAGUGAGAGGAGGAGCAGGCAGCGGGAGGAGAAGCUAAGAGAGCAGCAGGAGAAACAGAAGGAAAGGAUGAGGAGGUACUUGGAGAGAUCUCUGGCUGACUCCAAGAAAAUAAGUGGGAAAAAGCUCAUGUCCAGAUGCAAGCCUGUUAACCAGAAAGUAAGAGUCAGUAAAGUGGACAACAGCCCCGCUGAAGAUGAGAUGUAUUCCUACCUCUUCACCUCUGAGGACUUAGAGUAA